AAUCCCCUAAUAUUAAUUCGACUUGUGCUUUUGACUAAAUAUUUCCUCUUCGUUUUCUAUGUCGAUCGAUUCCCCAAAUCGAUUUUGCUAUAACUAUAAUCAGCUUCUCCUUAGUUGGUCGCCUUAAAUUCACCCGUGUGAGACUCUUACUGGCACGUGCUAUUCAAGCGGUGGCUUAAUCUCUCUGUCCCUCUAUACUUCCUCUGUAUUUGACUUUUCCAAACCAACUCGUCGAUCAUCGUUGUCAUCGUUUUUGUUGGCGUUACGACCGUACGCCUUCGAUCGCUUCUGCUUUUGAUUGAUUAUAGUAUCCUCAAUUCAGUACAUGUAGGUAUUUGGGCAUCUUAGAUUUUGUGAAUACCGAGAGAGAAUGAGUGAAUGGUGGAGUGAUCCUGUAUUGGUGAAAAUAGUUGUGAUUGACUUUUUCGGUAGUAUUAUUGUUGAAUAGAAGGAGCAGAAGAAGAAUAUGAAUGUACAGGCACAUAUAUCAGCGGGGCAAGUUCCUAAUCAAGGGGGACUGCCGCAGCAAAAUGGGAACACAUUGCCACCUAAUCAAAUGCAAAAUUUAGUUGGUGUUGGUGGUAGUGUAGGUGUUGCUGGGGUUUCUCAGCAGCAUAAUAUGCCAAAUGUGGAUGCUGACCUGCUCAGAGCUCGGAUUCUCAUGCGUGAGAAGAUCUUUGCAAUUUUAAUGAACCACCAGACUCAACCAGUUGAUGAAAUAACAAAAUUGAAGUUUAAAGAUUUUUCAAAACGCUUAGAGGAGGGUCUAUUUAAAGCUGCUCAUACAAAGGAGGAGUAUAUGAAUAUGGAGACAUUAGAGCCUCGUUUAAGAAGUAUCAUAAAGGCGAAAUCUGCCAAUAACAAUAUUCAACGGCAUCAGCAGCUUGUAAAUUCUUCCUCUUCCAUUGGUACAAUGAUACCAACACCUGGGAUGUCACACAAUGUGAAUUCAUCAAUGAUGGUUACAUCCUCUGUAGAAAGCUCAGUGAUUGCUGCUAGUGGGUGUAAUACCAUAGCACCCACAACUGUCAACACCGGAAACCUGUUGUUAACUGGUGGUUUACAGAGUGGUUCCUUCAAUAGAUCCGAUGGAACUCUGUCUAAUGGAUAUCAACAAUCACCUGCCAAAUUUUCCAUUGGUUCUGGUGGAAACAUGUCAUCAAUGGGCACCCAGAGGAUUCCAAGUCAAAUGAUUCCUACUCCUGGAUUCAAUAGUAAUAAUAACAACAGUAGUAGUAGUGGCAGUAAUCCAUCAUAUAUGAAUUUAGAAUCUUCUGAUAAUGGUGUUGGGUUUUCAACUGUUGAAUCUGCAAUGGUAUCACAGCCACAGCUGCAAAAGCAGCAUGUUGGUGGUCAAAACAGCCACAUAUUGCACGGCCUUGGCAGCCACAUAGGUAGUGGUAUAAGGUCUGGCUUGCCGCAUAAAUCUUAUGGGUUCUCUAACGGGGCUUCAAAUGGUGGGUUAGGGAUGAUUGGGAACAAUUUGCCACUUGUGAAUGAACCUCCCACUUCUGAGGGCUAUUUAAUGACCACCCCUUAUGCUAAUUCACCCAAAUCUUUACAACAGCAAUUCGAUCAGCAGCGACCGCUAAUGCAGGGUGACGGAUAUGGGAUGAGCAAUGUUGAUAACUUUGGGACUGGGAACUUCUAUGGUGUAACAUCAAUUGGAGCAGUUACAAAUAAUCAGAAUUUUAAUUCAGUGAGCUUGCAUUCACCUAUGGCCAAAACUAGCUCUCCUUUGGUCGGUAAUCAAUCAAAUUUACUUGGUGCACCACAAGGUACACACAUAAAGCCACCAUCGAUUGAUCAAUCAGAGAAAAUGGGUUUCCAUUCUCCCUCGUCCACCAGAGAAAAUCUACUACAGUCCCAUCAGCAGCACCAAUUUCAGCUACAACCACAUCAAUUUCAACAGCAGCAACAAUAUGUUCAACAUCAGCACCACCAGAAGCAGCAUGGUCAGCAGCAGCAGCAUUUGUUAAACAAUGAUGCAUAUGGUCAUUCUCAGGUGAUGUCUGAUAUAGGCAGUCAUGUGAAGCGUGAACCUGGAAUGGAACAGCAGAAUGAAGUGAUGCAUUCACAAGCUUCUGAGCCAUUCCAGAUGUCUGCGCCACAAAACCAAUUUCAGAUGACUCCUUCUGAAGACCAUUCUAUGGGUGCUCAACAACUAUCUGUUUCUUCUGGUCUGCCUGAUGACUGCUUGUUACUGUCUCAAAUUUCUCAACCUGUGCAGAAAAAUUUGCAUCCGCAUCAGUCAGUUAAAGAAUCUCAUAAUGGUUCUAACUUCUGUUUUGCAGGAUCGCAAUCAGAGGCAGCUCUUCAGGGUCAAUGGCAUUGUCAACCACAGGAAAGGACUCACAUGACUGGGAGCAUGUCACAUGAUCAGCAUAUACGGGAGGAUUUUUGCCAGAGGAUAGCUGGGCAAGGUGAAGCUCAGUGUAAUAAUUUAUCUUCAGACGGAUCUGUUAUCGGUCAGCCUGCCAGUUCUAGAAGCAUGACAGAGCCCCCGAAUUCUAGAGGUAGUAGCUGCAGAUCUAGCAAUGGAAACCGUGAUCGACAGUUUAGAUAUCAACAGAGAUGGCUUUUGUUCUUGUUCCAUGCUCGUCGAUGUGCUGCUCCUGAAGGGAAGUGUCAGGAAGUUAAUUGCAUUACUGUUCAAAGAUUGUGGAAGCAUAUGGAGAAUUGCAAUUCACCUCAAUGUCCAUACCCUCGUUGCUAUCAUUCCAGAAUUUUGAUAAAUCAUCACAGGCAGUGCAGAGACCCUUGUCCUGUUUGUGUUCCUGUGAAUAAGUAUGUGCUUCAACAAAAGGAACGUGCUCGUCGUAACUCUGACUCUCAGUUGCUGAGUUCAGUUGGUGGAUCUUGUAAAUCCUAUGAUACUGGUGACACUUCAGGUGGAGUGUUUUCUAAAACUUCACCUGUUGUUGAAAGUUCACAAGAUAUACAGCCUUCUCUAAAACGCAUGAAAUCCCUUGAUCAUAAGAGCAAUGCUGUAUUGACUUCUGCAAUUACUGAACCCCAAGUUUCCCAAGAUGUUCAACAUCAAGAUUACCAACCUUGCAAGACUGAAGGUCCUGGAAGUUCUGGACAAGGAAGUCCUCAUAGCAGUGAUACAAAGGAUAAUGUGGAUGAAAUUGGCAACCAAAGGCCUGAUGGUGAGCCUAUCAUAUGUGAGGAGCCUACUGCUUUAGUUAAGCAAGAAAAUAUUAAGGCUGGGAAAGAGAGUGAUCUAUCUAAGCAAGAAAAUGUGACACAGCCUGCUGAAAAUGCCGCUGGAACCAAGUCUGGAAAGCCAAAAAUAAAGGGGGUAUCACUAACCGAAUUGUUCACUCCAGAACAAGUUAGAGAGCACAUAACAGGCCUCAGGCAGUGGGUUGGUCAGAGUAAAGCAAAGGCUGAAAAGAAUCAAGCAAUGGAGCAUUCAAUGAGUGAGAACUCUUGUCAGCUGUGUGCAGUUGAGAAACUCACUUUUGAACCACCACCUAUAUAUUGCACACCAUGUGGUGCUCGCAUUAAGCGAAAUGCAAUGUAUUAUACCAUGGGAGCUGGUGAUACACGGCACUCUUUCUGUAUUCCAUGCUAUAAUGAGGCUCGUGGAGACACCAUCAUUGUUGAUGGAACUAAUGUUCCAAAGACUAGGCUGGAGAAGAAGAAAAAUGACGAGGAGACUGAAGAAUGGUGGGUUCAAUGUGACAAGUGUGAAGCUUGGCAACAUCAAAUUUGUGCUUUAUUUAAUGGUCGAAGGAAUGAUGGUGGGCAAGCUGAAUACACUUGUCCUAAUUGCUACAUAUCAGAGGUUGAAAGAGGAGAACGCAAGCCUUUACCACAAAGUGCUGUUCUUGGGGCCAAAGAUCUGCCAAGAACAAUCCUUAGUGACCACAUAGAGCAGCGAUUGUUUAAAAGACUGAAGACAGAGAGACAAGAAAGGGCAAGGAUUCAAGGAAAAUCAUAUGAUGAGGUUCCUGGGGCUGAAGCACUUGUAAUUCGAGUUGUUUCAUCUGUUGACAAAAAGUUGGAAGUGAAGCAGCGGUUUCUUGAAAUAUUUCAGGAAGAAAAUUACCCAACAGAAUUCCCAUAUAAGUCCAAGGUAAUUCUGCUGUUUCAGAAGAUCGAAGGAGUAGAAGUAUGCCUUUUUGGCAUGUAUGUUCAAGAAUUCGGAUCAGAGUGUCAAUUUCCAAAUCAGCGUCGUGUGUAUCUAUCAUAUCUGGACUCUGUGAAGUAUUUCAGGCCUGAGAUUAAGGCAGUUACUGGAGAAGCUCUCCGUACAUUUGUCUACCAUGAAAUCCUGAUUGGCUACCUUGAAUAUUGCAAGUUGCGUGGUUUUACUAGCUGUUAUAUAUGGGCCUGCCCUCCCUUAAAGGGUGAAGAUUAUAUAUUAUAUUGUCAUCCAGAAAUUCAGAAAACUCCAAAAUCUGAUAAGCUUCGAGAAUGGUAUUUGUCGAUGUUAAGGAAAGCAUCCCGUGAAAGCAUUGUGGUUGAUCUCACUAAUUUAUAUGAUCAUUUCUUUGCAUCCACUGGCGAAUGUCGAGCUAAGGUAACUGCAGCUAGACUGCCAUAUUUUGACGGUGACUACUGGCCUGGUGCUGCAGAAGAUCUAAUCUAUCAGAUUCGUCAAGAAGAAGAUGGCAAAAAACAGAAUAAGAAAGGAAUAACCAAAAAAACUAUCACAAAAAGGGCUCUUAAAGCGUCUGGUCAAACUGAUCUCUCCGGUAACGCGUCGAAGGAUCUGCUGCUAAUGCAUAAACUUGGUGAGACCAUUUGCCCGAUGAAGGAAGAUUUUAUCAUGGUUCAUUUACAGCAUGCAUGCACUCAUUGUUGUAUUCUAAUGGUAUCUGGGAAUCGUCAUGUAUGCAGACAGUGUAAAAAUUUUCAGCUUUGUGAUAAAUGCUUUGAAGCUGAAAAGAAACGUGAAGAAAGAGAGAGACAUCCUGUCAAUUGCGGGGGAGUACACCCACUUGAGGAAGUUCCCAUUUCUGAUAUACCUGUUGAAACAAAAGAUAAAGAUGAGAUUCUCGAGAGUGAAUUCUUUGAUACCAGACAGGCAUUUUUGAGUCUUUGCCAAGGAAAUCACUAUCAGUAUGAUACCUUGAGGCGGGCAAAACACUCAUCAAUGAUGGUUCUUUAUCAUCUUCAUAAUCCAACUGCACCUGCAUUUGUAACAACAUGCAAUAUAUGCCAUCUUGAUAUAGAAACUGGUCAAGGUUGGCGCUGUGAAGUUUGCCCAGAUUAUGAUGUAUGCAAUGCUUGCUAUCAGAAAGAUGGGGGUAUUGAUCAUCCUCAUAAAUUGACAAAUCAUCCAUCAACUGCUGAUCGUGAUGCACAAAAUAAAGAAGCUAGACAAAUACGGGUCUUGCAGCUUAGAAAAAUGCUUGAUCUACUGGUGCAUGCAUCACAAUGUCGUUCUCCGCAUUGCCAAUACCCUAAUUGCCGUAAGGUGAAGGGGCUUUUCCGACAUGGUAUACAAUGUAGAGUUCGUGCAUCUGGAGGUUGUGUACUUUGCAAAAAAAUGUGGUAUCUACUGCAACUUCAUGCUCGAGCAUGCAAAGAAUCUGAAUGCCACGUACCACGAUGCAGAGAUCUUAAAGAACAUUUGAGGAGGCUACAGCAGCAGUCUGAUUCUCGGCGUAGGGCUGCUGUGAUGGAGAUGAUGAGGCAAAGAGCUGCUGAGGUUGCUGGCAACGCUGGAUAACCAAGUAUGUACAUGUAAAUAUUGUGUUUUUGGUAAGAAAGUGCCAGAUAGCGAGGGGAGGUGGAGAGUUGUGUUUUUGGGGCCAUGAUGGUGCUGUGUAGGAAGCAGCCAUGAAAAAAAUGGCCGAAGUAGAUGAUGAGAAGGGUAUACACAUGUAAAACAUUCUGACGGAAUGGGUUAAUGAUACAAGCAUCAGUUGGGGAAGAAGGAGAGCAACCCUUUGAUCCAUACUCCACGACCAGACCUGCCCUCUUGGUUAACACCAACCACUAACCAAAGACAUCAGAGUACUACGACUACCACUGAUUUGUCUUGCUGAUUUAUGUUGGUCGGUGGCCAAAUUUGGUGAUUCUUUGAUUUUUAUCUUAUUGUAUUGUCCAAGUCCAAUGCCAUUUAUUAUUGGAUGGCUUGGCCAGUGUACUAUAAUUGUUCUAAUCCCGUGUUCUUUAAAUGUUUUCUUACAGAAGAAAUAUGGGAGGUGGUCAGUUUCAAAUCCUCUUUUUCCUCGUCUUUUUUGUUUUUUUAAUUUAUUUAUAGACAAAUGACGCAGCCCCUCAUUUUGUAGAAUGUCUUUCUGUUAAAAAAAAAAAGGAUGGAAAAAAUAAGUGCCAUCUUAGGACUGCAGCAAAUUCAUUUUAUUGAUGCCCUCAUGUUAAUGUUUAUGUAGUCUCUUGAAUGUUACGUUAGUAAAAUUUAUAUUAUUCUUCAUCA